AUGGGAUCUCCCUUUAUAUGCGGCUUAUGCUGCUUUGCAAGGGCCCGACAUCUUCCUACUGUAGGUCGUCCACUUUCAAGAUUCACGGCUUUGAGAUCCUACAGGCGGCGAUUGCAAUAUCAUCCUAGAUCUGCAUCUUCCUCACCCGAACCUGCCAGUGCCUAUACAACUACUUCAAGCACUCACAGUACCAACAAAACCAACGAUUCUUUGCGGCUCAUAUUUGAUGAUCCAUCGUACUGGCACAAAAAUCGUUUGCGCCCAACGCAAGGCCGGCACCGCCAUGUCGGCCUCUUUGGAUUCGCCGCUCUCGACCGUCCAGAGGGCUUCAUUCGAGCCGCUCGGGCAGCAAUCGAUGAAGUCAAUCAAAUUGUAGAGAGAGUGUGCGCUGCUGCCCGGGAGGGUAAUAUCAGCGAAAUGAAAAAGACGGUCAAAAGGCUGGAUCGGUUGUCUGACAUUUUGUGCUCGGUGGUGGACACUGCAGAGUUGAUUCGGCAUGUGCAUCCAGAUGGCCGCUUUGUCCGGUCAGCAAAUGAUGCACACGGAAUAUUGAGCAACUUUAUGAAUCAACUGAAUACUCAUCAGGGGUUGUAUGAGACUCUCAAGCGCGUCGUGCAAGAUGCGACGAUAUCCACCCAGUUCUCCGAACAAGAAUUAAGAGUCGCCAACCUCCUUCUUGUCGACUUUGAAAAGUCGGGAAUCCAUAUGCCAUUUGCAACCCGGAAACGCUUUGUCGAGUUGCAAGAUCGGAUCCUCGAACUCGGCCAAGCUGUUGUCAUGAAUGCUUUUCCGGUAGUAGACAGCAUAGAGGUUGAGGACCCUGGGAAGAAACUACAAGGAGUCCCAGAAAACAUCAUUGCAUCAGUCACCGCUGGCUCUCGCGCGAUUAUACCAACGUCAUCGGCAGCUGCGUUGGCAGUUUUACGAAUGGCCCGCGACGAGGAUGUCCGAAGGAGAAUGUAUCUGGCAAUGAAUUCUGGGAGCAAGUAUCAAGUGGAUGUACUUGAGGAGAUGUUGGUAAAGCGAGGCGAACUGGCGCGAUUGUUGGGUAAAGAGAGUUAUGCUCAAAUGUAUUUGGUGGACAAGAUGGCUGAAACUCCAGAGAACGUCAUGGCUUUCCUGGAAUCACUAUCCAAUCUUCACAAGCCAAAGGCUCAGAGCGAUCUCGAUCGGCUCCGCAAGUUAAAAAGCGUGCAUUUGGGACCCAAUGCGUCACAUGAGGUUCAACCAUGGGACCGCUUUUUCUAUUCACGGUUCAUAUCUCCUAGUGCCGUAGUUGCUGCCCAGCCUGGUAGCGCUGAUCCCUUCCAUGCUUCGCCACCAGUGACCGUGGCUGGCGGCGGCACUGACGGUUUAUCUGCUUAUUUCACUGUUGGGUCAACAUUUGAUGGAUUAUCGAGACUGUUCAAAUCCCUGUAUGGGGUGACGUUUGAACCGGUGAUGUUAGCACCGGGUGAAGUAUGGCACGAGGAUGUGCGGAAGCUGGAAGUGGUCCAUGAGACUGAAGGCAAAAUUGGAACAAUCUAUUGCGACCUUUUUCGCCGAGGUCCCGGUGAAGGCCGCAAGUAUGAGAGUGCGGCGCAUUUCACGGUGAGAUGUUCGCGGCGGAUUGAUGAUGAAGAACAUUUUGGCCCGGAGUUUCGGUCCGGGAUCAUGCGGGUUCGUGAUUCGGAAAAGGAUAUUCAGGAGGAUGGACUUGUCAAGCGAUACCAGUUACCUAUUGUGGUUCUUGUCACGGCAUUCAAAAAGCCUUUAGGCGUCGAUCAUCCAAGUCUGUUGAGCCUUUGGGAGGUGGAGACUUUGUUUCAUGAAAUGGGCCAUGCCAUGCAUUCCAUGCUAGCCCGGACAGAGUUCCAGCACAUUGCAGGGACACGAGUCCCUAUGGACUUUGUAGAAGUGCCUUCCAUCUUUAUGGAAAACUUUGCUCGUUCACCAAAAGUUUUAGCAACAUUUGGUCGACAUCAUAAAACGGGCGCACCCCUUCCACCAGACCUUCUACGCUCUGCCCAAGCCACCUCAUCCUCGGCUGAUGCCUUCGAAACUCAACAUCAGCUCCAACUGGCACUAUUAGAUCAGAUGUAUCAUUCCCCCCAUGCCCUCGAGCCGUCGUUUGACUCUACUUCCCUAUUAAUUGAAUCUCAAAAGCGUUUCAACGUCUUCCCUCCCGUACCCAAUUCAGCCUGGCAAGUACAAUUUACCCAUCUCUUCAGUUACGGCGCCACCUAUUACAGUUACUUUUGGAGCCGACGAUGGGUGAAUCGAAUUUGGAGGAGGUGGUUCGCGGAUCGCGAUGAGCAGGCUUGGAAGGAGGGUGGUGAGCUUGUUAGAAAGGAGUUACUAGGGUGGGGUGGGGGACGGGAUCCGUGGAUAGGAUUGGAAAAAUUGGGUGUGGUAAAGGAAGGAGAAAGGGAAGGGAAAUUUAAAGUUGAGUUGCAAGAUUUAGGCCAAGGAGCGACAUAG